AUGGCGUCCUCAACCUUGCCCAAGAUUACCGUUCUCGGUUCCCUCAACAUCGACCUCACCUCCUAUGUGCCCCAUCACCCUCUUCCCGGCGAGACAUUGACCUCCAACGCCUUUGCUGUUUCGCCCGGCGGAAAGGGCGCCAACCAGGCCGUCGCCUGUGCGAAGCUCUCGCGGGCUCGCGAUCACGCCACCAACUCGGAGUCCACCGCCGCCAUCGUGUCCAUGGCUGGCGCUGUUGGUGACGACUCCCACGGUUCCCUCCUUCUCUCAAACCUUGCCGCCCACGGCAUCGACACGUCUCAGAUCACGAAAGACACUGCCGCCACCGGUACGGCCAUCAUCAUCGUCGACGAGCCCACGGGCCAGAACCGCAUUAUUCUCUCCCCCGGCGCCAACCACGCCCCCGCCAUCACCUCCCUCUCCGCCCUCCCCCAGACCACGCCCCCGGACCUGCUCGUGAUGCAGCUCGAGAUCCCUCUGCCUACAGUCCUCGCUGCCCUCCAGACCGCCAAGACGGCUGGCGUCCCUGUCCUCCUCAACCCGGCCCCGGCCCAACCCCUCCCCGCCGAAGCCUACGACGGCCUCGCCCACCUCGUCGUCAACGAAACCGAGGCGUCCAUCCUCUCCCGCCUCCCCGAGUCGGAGCUCGACACCCCCGAAGGCUGCAACCGCGUCGCCAAGUGGUUCCUUGACCAGAAGGUCAAGAACGUCAUCAUCACCCUCGGUGGCCGCGGUGUCUUCUACGCCAACGCCACCGGCAGCCACGCCCUCGUCCCCGCCGAGAAGGCCACAGUCGUCGACACCACCGCCGCCGGCGACACCUUUGUCGGCUCCUACUGCGUCGACGUCGUGCGCGCCGCCAAGGAGGGCGCGCCCUUUGACAUUGAGCAAGCCAUUCGCAGCGCCAACCACGCCGCGGCCAAGACGGUCGAGAGGAAGGGCGCGCAAGACUCCAUCCCCUGGAGGGAUGAGGUGCUCUAA